CAAAAAUACGACCGACAAACACUCCCUUGCCCUUUCUUCUCCAUUCCAAAAAUUUUCUAAAUCUUUCCAGCAAUUGAAAUCUCCGUUAUUGAAUUUUCAGUGUGCGAUUGCUCUGGAUGAACGGUUAUGGCGACGGGAACGGAGAGAUCUAAGACGCUUCAGAAUUUCACGACGCCGGUGGAUCUCCGGUGGCGAAUUCGGCGAUUAUGUUGCUGCAUGAAGAAAAACUCAGAUCAUCGAAUCUCGUCUUUUCGCCGCUCUGCCGAUAGUUCGUGUUAUUCAGAUCAAAGCCACACCGGCGGCGGCGGCGGAGAGACCGAUUUUAUGCGACCGCUUCGAACCGGAAAAAUUAAAGAAAGAAAGAGAAAAGAGAGAGAUUCAUCUUCGGAGUCUUCACAUAGAUCUCACAAAAUCAGCGCUAGUUCGCCGGCGCCGGCGACGCUUGUUCGCCGGAGAUUCAAUUACGACGGCGGAAUUUCCGCGACAAGAGAGAAGCUUAUGCUUGAAUUCCAAACCACGGUGGAUGAAAUACUGAAAAACUCUUUCUACAAAGAAGAAGAGAUUUCUCUGCCGCCUGUUACCGCCUCCGGCGACGGCGGCGAAACAUACAGGCAGUGGAAUCUGAGGAUAAGGCGAGCCGUUUGUAAAAUUCCCAAAAAGAGCGGCGGUGUUGCGACGGCCGGCGGCGAGAGAAGGACAAAGGCUAGGGAUCGGGCAAGGGCAAAAUUGUCAAUUCCUCUUUCGAAAACUGAAAUCGAAGAAGAUCUCUGGAAACUAACAGAGCAGAGAGCAUCUAGACGGCCAAGAAAGAGGGCAAAGAAUGUUCAGAAAGAACUGAAGGCAUUAUUUCCAGGAUCGUUGCUCACUCAAGUUACUCUUGAUAUGUAUCAAGUUAACGAAGAUGCUCAGUAACAUCGAUUUUUAUCCAUGUAGCCAAACUGGCCUUAGAAAGGUUUUCGAAAUUGGCCAGAAAAUUUAUGGUUUAUAUUUUUAGUUUGUAUCAUAUAUUAAUAUUAUACUCAAUUUUUGACUUGGUGUAA